AUGGCCGGCAAAGAACAGCAAGGAAAUGGCUAUCACCGGAGAGACGAAGAGGUGAACCCCCGGCCGCCGCCUUCCACGGACGAGAUCCGCCGUAAGAAGCGCCUGAGAUGGCUGCUGUACAUAGUGGCCUUCGUCAUUUUCCAGGCGGGCGUCAUCGCGCUCUUCACAAUGACAGUGAUGAAGUUCCGGACGCCCAAAUUCCGGCUGCGCUCCGCCACCUUCGACGCCGUCGACUUCCAAACUUCCGGCAACCCGUCAUUCAACGUGAGCAUGAACGCUCUCCUUGCAGUCAAGAACACCAACUUCGGCGGCUACAAAUUCGACGAAACCACCGUUCACUUCUUCUACAAGAACACCGAAGUCGGGAGCGCCAUGGUGCCGAAGUCGAAAGCCAAGUUCCGGUCGACGAAGAAGCUGAAGGUUGAGGCGGAGUUGACGGUGCCGGCCAGCCUGGCGAGGAAUUCGGAGCUGGCCAAGGAUUUGAAUUCCGGAAUUCUGCCAUUGAGGAGCCAGGCGAAGAUGGAGGGGAAGAUAACGCUGAUGUUUGUGUUCAAGAAGAAGAGAUCGACGAAUUUGGAUUGCAGCAUGGAGAUCAAUUCCAAAACGAAGCAGCUCCAGAAUCUGAUCUGCAAGUGA